UAUCACCAGCCAAGUAAACUUUAACAGGAUAUGUUAAACAGUUCGUUUAAUUUUUAUUUCUCCUCACUCACAUUUCAGACGUUUUGUAAAAUGUCUUAUUGGUUCCACAGGAACCCUUUAAAGGGUACAGCUGUUCAGAAGUUUGAAAUCGACCUUUUUGCUCAUGCUCCUGAGGCUAUAAAAAUCCUUGGAGAUCUUAGGCAAAGCAGAGCACGUCUUUUGGAGCUGCUUGUAGAUCCAAAUCAUACAACCGAUCAGGUAAAUUCUGCUUUAAAGCUUUACAUGGCUUUAGCAAGAGGAUUAAUCCUACAACCGGGAGAUGAAGCUGCUGCAAGUAAACUUUGUAAAUCUCUAACGUACAGGUGGUCCAAUAGUCUUCUUGAUGGAGUAUCUGUAUCUAAGGACGCUGUGUUCGAAAUCGGCAGUAUGCUAAUGAAUACUGCAUUUUGGUUCAUGAAGCACGCUGUCGCGAUUGCUGUGAGAGAGAAGGUUGAAAUGGAAGACGCUAAAGAAGUUCAUUCUUGCUUGCGAAAGGCAGCAGGGCUUUUACAGUUUAUUCAGGACAAUCUACUGGCUCAGCUUACUGAGAAGGCGGUUGAAGGAGGAGAUUUAGACGGAAAGGUGGUUUCCGCCUAUCUUUAUCAGUGCACUGCAGAAGCGCAAGAAGUCACGAUUGCACGGGCAAUUGAUCUUCGUCACAAUCCAAUAUUGAUCUCUGCCCUUGCAAACGAGACUAGCCAGAUGUUUACAAAUGCUGCUAAUUGUUUGAACCCCUUGAAUUUUGAAAGCUUCAAACGUUGGAAAUCAUAUUUCUUACUGAAAGCUAAAUUCUACAAGGCGUAUAGUUUCAACUUCCAGGGUGAGGCACUUCUCUCCCAAGAUAAAUGUGGAGACGCAAUCAGGUCACUUCGCGAAUCUAAGAGUAUGUAUGCUAAGGCCCGAGAGCUAGCUGUAGAGUACGCUAAAUUCAAGGGUAAAGGAACACAGGCCAAACCUGAGCGACAUUCAUUUUUUACCCGACUGUUGCCUAUUCUUGACCGAACACUGGAAAAGUGUGAAAGAGAAAACGGUUUCAUUUAUCAUCAAAAGGUUCCAUUUGAUCCUGUAGAAUUGGAAAUAAAUGAGAAGACUCACGGACUGGUGACCCCCGACCAGUAUGAGAUGCCAACAGUUUCCCCACUUUGGACUACUAUGGCUUAUGCAGCUUUUGACGGUUCUAAUCUAAAAAAGGAAAAUAAGUCUAAAGCAGAAAGGAAAGAGGAGGAAGAAGUUAAGCCUGUAAAAGAAGUGCCGAUCCAGGAUUCAGAAACAAAACAUGCCAGUGAGAGUGGAUGUAUUAUUUCUUAAAGGUUAUAAGAUCCUAGUGUAUGCUUCAAAGAUCAAAUAUUAAGGAUUUCUAAAUAAAACUGUCUAUAAAUAUAUAUGUACAGAAAAUUUUAUAUGUACUAUACUUAUUUCCAUUAUUAUGUUUUGUAAAAUUUAUUUAACUUUUUGUCAAGCGUGGAAUUAUUGUGAUGUAAAAUGUCUAUAUUUUAAUUAUGAACUAAGUUUAGUCCUUUCAUUAGUCAUACUGAGUCAACUAUAUUUAUCUAAUAAGCGUUGUGAUUUGUAGAAGGAGAUACAACUUAACAAUAUAACCUUAUACUAACAGUUAGUUAUUUACACAUGAAAAAAUUGUUGUCAAAAAUGUGAGUGAAUACAUAAAUGAUACUCAAGUCUA